CACCGCGCUCCCCGGAUGCGGGGGCGAGCGAGCCAACGCUAACGUUCGGUUUCCCUAGCCCCAGGUACCCGGCCUGGCGCACAGUGGAGAGCUCAGGGAAACACGUCAGUGAGGGAGCGGAUGCUUGAAUAAAGGAAUUAAGAUUAGGACCCCGGCUCUCAGCCUGAGUAGGGGAGCUAGGGCAAGGGUUCAGAGUAGGAACCCCGGGCAGUCUCCCUGCUGCACGGAUGCCACUGGGGGCCUUUGAAUUCGCACGAACCAGACCCGCAAGCCUGGGGCUCUGGCCAAGCUGAGGGAACAGAUCUCCGGGACAGAUCUUCAGAAGACCACCAGCUCUGAACUGAGUGGUUCUAUCAGCUGUAACAAGGCAUCACACCCUUAAAUGUCUGGGACUCCAAGCAAGCUAGAAAUAUCUGUGACAGCCGCCCUCUCUCUGGGAUCUGGAGGGAAAGACAGACCCGACCCCAGCCUCAGCCUCCCGGAUGCCUAGGAUCACGUGUGCAAGCAGCUGCAGAUGGUCACAGCAGCACUUCCAGUCGAGCUCAGAGUCGGUGAUGAAUGGCAUCUGCCUGCUGCUGGCUGCGGUCACCGUCAAGCUGUACUCCUCCUUUGACUUCAACUGUCCCUGCCUGGCGAGCUACAAUGCACUCUACGGCCUGGGCCUGCUGCUCACACCCCCAUUCGCCCUGUUUCUCUGCGGCCUCCUCGCCAACCGGCAGUCCGUGGUGAUGGUUGAGGAGUGGCGCCGGCCCUCGGGGCACCGGAGGAAGGACCCAGGCAUCAUCAGGUACAUGUGCUCCUCUGUGCUGCAGAGGGCGCUGGCCGCCCCCCUGGUCUGGAUCCUGCUGGCCCUCCUUGAUGGGAAGUGCUUCGUGUGUGCCUUCAGCAGCUCUGUGGACCCUGAGAAGUUUCUGGACUUUGCCAACAUGACCCCCAGUCAGGUACAGCUGUUUCUGGCCAAGGUUCCCUGCAAGGAGGACGAGCUGGUCAGGGAUAGCCCUGCUCGGAAGGCAGUGUCUCGUUACCUGCGGUGCCUGUCACAGGCCAUUGGCUGGAGUGUCACUCUGCUGCUGAUCAUCGUGGCCUUCCUGGCCCGCUGCCUGAGGCCCUUCUUCGACCAGACAGUCUUCCUGCAGCGCAGAUACUGGAGCAACUACGUCGACCUGGAGCAGAAGCUCUUCGACGAGACCUGCUGUGAGCAUGCGCGGGACUUCGCGCACCGCUGCGUGCUGCACUUCUUCGCCAGCAUGCAGAAUGAGCUGCAGGCGCGGGGGCUGCGCCGCCAUCCUGCAGACAGGAGCCCUGAGCCCUGCCCAGUGCCUGAGCCCCCAGAAGACCUGGACAGUGGCAGCGGGAAGGCCCAUCUGCGCGCAAUCUCCAGCCGGGAGCAGGUGGACCGCCUCCUGAGCACCUGGUACUGCAGCAAGCCGCCACUGGACCUCGCUGCAUCUCUCGGGCUCUGGGGGGGUGGCCUUAGCCACCGCGCCCCUACCUUGGCACUGGGCACCAGGUUGUCCCAGCACACCGACGUGUAGGGUCCCGGGUCUUUCCAGGCCGUGGGGACCCCACAGCAAGGCAGCCUAAGUCUUGUUGGCCUCCUUUUUAAAGUAGCCCAAUCUCUGCCUGGUGUGGCCUCCAGGUGCUUCACAGACUUUAAAAUGGACUCGCUUGACCGAGGUCCUUGUUAAAUACAGGUUCAGACUCAGUGCAGCCAGGACUGAGUCUGAGAUUCCGCAGUUUAAACAAGCUCCCGGGCGAUGCUGAUGUGCUUUUGGUCAGUGGACCAAACUUUGAGUAGCAAGAAUCUAAAUACAUCUGCCAAGGGUCUGGGCUCUAGAUUUCAAUUCUAAAUAAUAAUAAUGA